AUGCCCCGUGUGACUGUGCUCGGGGCCCUUGUGCCAUUGCUGCUGCCCCUCCUGCUACUGCUGCUGCCGCUGCCCCGCGACGCCGGGGGGCUCGGGGAGCGCUCGGACGCCACCUGGGACUCCUCGGCGCUGGAAGGCGAGGAGAGCGCGGAGCAGCUGCUGGAGCAUUACCAUGAUCCGUGCAAAGCCGCUGUCUUUUGGGGAGACAUUGCCUUAGAUGAAGAGGACCUGAAGUUAUUUCACAUCGACAAAGCCCAUGAUUGGGUCAAGCAGUCAGUGGAGGACAUGGGACACAGCACAGGUGGGCUUGGAGAGCAGCCAUCUGGGAACUGGCCGAAUGCUACAGCCACGAAUGCCAGCAGCGAAGAAGCCAGAGAGGAUGGAAAGGAGAAUGCCCUGCUUCCACAGAGCCCUGGGACCUUGCAUGCUGGAGCUGAGACCUUCUCUCCCCGGGUCCGAAGAGCCACAACCUCAAGGACAGAGAGGAUAUGGCCGGGAGGGGUCAUCCCGUACGUCAUUGGAGGGAACUUCACUGGUCACCAGAGGGCCAUUUUUAAGCAGGCCAUGAGACAUUGGGAGAAGCACACCUGCGUGACCUUCAUAGAGAGGACAGAUGAAGAAAGCUUCAUUGUGUUCAGUUACAGAACGUGUGGCUGUUGUUCCUAUGUUGGGCGCCGAGGUGGAGGCCCACAGGCCAUAUCCAUUGGAAAAAACUGUGACAAGUUUGGCAUUGUGGCCCACGAGCUGGGCCAUGUGGUUGGGUUCUGGCAUGAACACACCCGGCCAGACAGAGACCACCAUGUAACCAUCAUCAGAGAAAACAUCCAGCCAGGUCAGGAGUAUAAUUUCUUAAAAAUGGAAGCUGGGGAAGUGAGCUCUCUGGGAGAGAUGUACGACUUCGACAGCAUCAUGCACUACGCCCGAAACACCUUCUCAAGAGGAGUUUUCUUGGACACCAUCCUCCCCCGACGAGAUGACAAUGGUGUCAGGCCAACCAUCGGCCAACGGGUGCGGCUCAGUCAGGGAGACAUAGCUCAAGCCAGGAAGCUAUACAAGUGCCCAGCAUGUGGGGAGACCCUGCAGGACACGAUGGGGAACUUUUCUGCACCUGGUUUCCCGAACGGCUACCCUUCUUACUCCCACUGUGUAUGGAGGAUAUCGGUCACUCCAGGGGAAAAGAUCGUCUUAAACUUCACAUCCAUGGAUUUGUUUAAAAGCCGCCUGUGCUGGUAUGACUACGUGGAGGUCCGGGAUGGUUACUGGAGAAAAGCCCCCCUGUUGGGUAGGUUUUGUGGCGACAAAGUCCCAGAGCCCCUCAUCUCCACAGACAGCCGGCUCUGGGUGGAAUUCCGAAGCAGCAGCAACAUCCUGGGCAAGGGCUUCUUCGCGGUAUAUGAAGCUACCUGUGGGGGAGACAUUAACAAAGAUGCUGGUCAGAUUCAAUCUCCUAACUACCCGGAUGAUUACAGACCUUCCAAGGAAUGUGUUUGGAGGAUUACCGUUUCGGAGGGGUAUCACGUGGGGCUUACCUUCCAAGCUUUUGAGAUUGAAAGGCAUGACAGCUGUGCAUAUGACUACCUGGAAGUCCGUGACGGCUUCACAGAAGACAGCACCCUGAUUGGCCACUUCUGUGGCUAUGAGAAGCCAGACGAUGUGAAGUCCAGCUCCAAUAGAAUGUGGAUGAAGUUCGUGUCCGACGGCUCUAUCAAUAAAGCUGGCUUUGCAGCCAAUUUUUUCAAGGAGGUGGAUGAGUGUUCCUGGCCAGAUCACGGUGGGUGUGAGCAGCGCUGCGUGAACACUCUGGGCAGCUACAAGUGCAUGUGUGAUCCUGGCUACGAGCUGGCCACUGACAAGAAGGCCUGUGAAGUGGCCUGUGGCGGUUUCAUUACCAAGCUGAAUGGAACCAUCACCAGUCCCGGGUGGCCGAAGGAGUACCCUACGAACAAAAACUGUGUCUGGCAAGUGGUGGCCCCCGCCCAGUACCGGAUCUCCCUUCAGUUUGAAGUGUUUGAACUGGAAGGCAAUGAUGUGUGUAAGUAUGACUUCGUGGAGGUGCGCAGCGGCCUGUCCCCUGAUGCCAAGCUGCACGGCAAGUUCUGCGGCUCUGAGACGCCCGAGGUCAUCACCUCGCAGAGCAACAACAUGCGCGUGGAGUUCAAGUCCGACAACACCGUCUCCAAACGCGGCUUCAGGGCCCACUUCUUCUCAGACAAGGACGAGUGCGCCAAGGACAACGGCGGCUGCCAGCACGAGUGUGUCAACACGUUUGGGAGCUACCUGUGCAGGUGUAGGAACGGCUACAGGCUCCAUGAGAACGGGCAGGACUGCAAAGAGGCCGGCUGUGUACACAAGAUCAGCAGCGCAGAGGGGUCCCUGAUGAGCCCCAACUGGCCUGACAAAUACCCGAGCCGGAGGGAGUGCACCUGGAACAUCUCUUCAACCGCGGGCCAUAGGGUGAAACUCACGUUUAAUGAAUUCGAGAUCGAGCAGCACCAGGAAUGUGCCUACGACCACCUGGAACUGUACGACGGGCCUGACAGCCAGGCCCCCGUCCUCGGCCGUUUCUGCGGCAGCAAGAAGCCGGACCCCGUGGUGGCCUCAGGCAGCAGCCUGUUUCUCCGGUUUUAUUCGGAUGCCUCGGUGCAGAGGAGAGGAUUCCAGGCCGUGCACAGCACAGAGUGUGGGGGCAGGCUGAAGGCCGAAGUGCAGACCAAAGAGCUCUAUUCCCAUGCCCAGUUUGGGGACAACAACUACCCAAGCCAGGCCCGCUGCGACUGGGUGAUCGUGGCGGAGGACGGCUACGGCGUGGAGUUGAUCUUCCGCACGUUUGAGGUCGAGGAGGAAGCCGACUGCGGCUACGACUACAUGGAGGCGUUCGACGGCUACGACAGCACAGCGCCCAGGCUCGGCCGCUUCUGCGGCUCCGGGCCAUUGGAAGAAAUCUACUCUGCAGGGGAUUCUCUGAUGAUUCGAUUCCACACUGAUGACACCAUUAACAAGAAAGGCUUUCAUGCCCGGUAUACCAGUACCAAGUUCCAGGAUGCCCUACACAUGAAGAAAUAA